CUCUCUCUUGAAUCGGGCACAAGGGAUCCUGCACAGAAAUCAGUGGGCCGUUGGCUGAGGGCUGACCGAGUAGCAUCCUUCUGGAUGAAGGCACCCCAAAGGAACGUCCAGAAUCUGCGGUUGCGGCAGCUGCGGCGGCUGCAGGAUGCGACCGUGGAGGGUUCCUAAAGGAAGAGACAAAACUGUGCAAUCUAAAGUGGACUGCAUUUUGCAAGAAGUUGAGAAGUUUACAGAUCUACAGAAACUCUACCUCUACCUUCAACUGCCUUCUGGUCCCAGCAGUGGAGAGAAAAGCGAUCAGCUGUCCGGGUCAUCCAACCGCGCCCAGCAGGUGCAUGCCUUCUCCUGGAUCCGGAACACCUUAGAGGAGCACCCGGAGACCUCCCUCCCAAAGCAGGAGGUGUACGAUGAAUACAAGAGCUAUUGUGACAAUCUUGGCUACCACCCAUUAAGUGCAGCUGACUUCGGGAAGAUCAUGAAAAAUGUCUUUCCCAACAUGAAGGCUCGCCGCCUUGGCACCAGAGGCAAAUCAAAGUAUUGCUACAGCGGAUUGCGGAAGAAGGCUUUUGUGCAGAUGCCGACGCUUCCUAACCUGGACUUCCGUAAAACGGGAGAUGGGCUGGAAGGAGCUGAGCCCUCUGGGCACCUGCAGAGUGCUGAUGAGGAGGUGGUGUCAGCCGCCUGCCAGCUGGUCUGCGAGUGGGCCCAGAAGGUGCUCAGCCAGCCCUUUGAUUCGGUCCUGGAUCUCUCCCGUUUCCUUGUCAAGAGCCACUACAUCGGCACCAAAUCCAUGGCCGCUUUGACAGUGAUGGCUGGAGCCCCAGCAGGAAUCAAAGGGACCCCUCAGCCGUCCGCUUUCGUCCCGACGGCCGAGAGCCACUCGUUCCAGCCUCAGGUGAAGACGCUCUCCUCCCCCAUGGACGCCAAGCAGCAGCUGCAGCGCAAGAUCCAGAAGAAGCAGCAGGAGCAGAAGCUCCAGUCGCCUCUGCCGGGAGAGUCCCCAGCCAAGAAGGCCGAAGGGGUGGCUGCCAACAACAACAACAACGGGGUCGCCAGCCUUUCAAACGGGAGUCCGGCCAUCUUGUCUCCGCAACCUAUUGGUAUCGUGGUGGCCGCCGUCCCCAGCCCCAUCACGGUGCCCAGGUCCCGGCCACUGGUGACCUCGCCUGGCCCCGUGGGCUCCUCCGAGGGCAAAGUCCUCCCGCUCAACGUCCAGGUGGUGACGCAGCACAUGCAGUCGGUCAAGCAGUCCCCAAAGACGCCUCAGAACAUCCCCGCCAGUCCAGUCGGGGACCGGUCGGCCCGGCAUCGGUAUCCCCAGAUCCUGCCCAAGCCGGCCAACACCAGCGCCCUCACCAUCCGCUCCCCGACGACCGUGCUGUUCACGAGCAGCCCCAUCAAGACGGUGGUCCCCGCUCAGCACAUGAACGUGGUCAAAAUGACUGCCAUCUCUCUUGCCCCGAGCAGCUCCUCUACCACGCCGGUCAAGCACACGGGCCCUGCAGGGAGCUUGGCUGGAACAGCGGAAGAGUUGAGGAGCGUCCCACAGAUUAAGAAUGGCUCCGUGGUUUCCCUUCAGUCUCCGGGCCCCAGAACCAGCGGAGGGGGCUCGGCUCCGGCCACCUCUUCCGUGGAGGUGAAAAUGGAGCCAGAGGUGGUGGUGGUGGUGGAGGAGAGCCCGCUCCAGGGACCAGAGAAUCCGGACGUGUCCAAAGCGGCCAAGGGCCCUCCAGCUGGUGUGUCUGUUGGUCAGCAGAGGAAAGAGGAAGCCGAGGCCUGGAAGGUUCGGCCGGAGGAGGGUGUCGGAGACGUGAAAUGCUCUCAGGGCUGUGAUCGCAGGGAGGGGGACGUUGGAAAGAAAGGCCUGGCCCAGCCCAGCGAAGGCCGCUCGGCCCCUUCCGCCGACGGGAGCCCAAGCACUGCCACUCCCUUGACCGCCACGCCAGGUUUUUCUGGCACCGGCAGCAUCAGCUCGCCUCCCGGUAGCGACAAACUGUACGUGAAGAGCCUGCGGAAGAGACUCCCUUCUCCCUUUGCUGGGGAGACCCAGGGCCCCCCGGUGAAGAAGCUGUCCGUAGUGCAAGCGUCUGUGGCCGGUGCAGAAACCACCCAGGCGGGCGCCGGGAAGGCAGCCGUGCCGCGAAUGGUGGCUCUUGCCAAGAGCGACGGGCCGGCGACGCUCCUGCAGGUGCCUGGCAAGGUCAUGAUCAAGGUCCAUUCGGGAGCCUCGGGCAGCCUGGUCACCUCCUGCCCCCUGGACGCCGACAUUGUCAUCAGUGCCGGCGAUGCCACCCUUGGGCAGCAGCUGGCAGCGGCUUCGUCCUCGGACGUCCAGGUGAAGUUGGAAGGAAACGUCUUUGUCUUGGAAAACGCCUCGAAACCCGACGGCACCUUUAGUCCCAACGUGUGGCAGCACCUCGGAAAGAGCUCCACCUUUGUGCGCUUCGAAGGACUCCAGCCGCAGCCGCAGCCGGUGGCCCCAUACGGCCAGCAGUUGCCGCCGGGCCAAGGCCCAGGGCCCUCUCUGGAGGAACAGCUCCAGGCCCAGGUUGCUGGACAGCUCACUCUGCAGCCCGAGCUCAAGGAGUUUGAGGAUGCUGCCUCGCAGUCCAAUGAGAACUUCUUUUCCUUUGACGAAGAGCUGACCCAGGACAGCAUCGUGGAGGAGCUGGUCCUGAUGGAGGAGCAGAUGUCCCACCUGUACGGGCCGUCCCUGGGCCUGGGCCUUCAGAGCCAGGGGGCGGUGCAGGUGGCCGCCUUGUCCUCUCAUGCUGGCGGCUCCACCACGCCCGUUGACAGCGCCCUGGGCAGCAGCCGGCACACCCCGAUCGGCACGCCCCACUCCAACUGCAGCAGCAGCGUCCCGCCCAGCCCCGUGGAGUGCAGGAACCCCUUUGCGUUCACCCCCAUCAGCUCCAGCAUGGCCUACCACGACGCCAGCAUCGUUUCCAGCAGCCCCGUGAAGCCCAUGCAGCGGCCCACGGCCACCCACCCCGACAAGACCAAGCUGGAGUGGAUGAACGUGGGCUACGGCGGGGUGAGCAACCCCUCUGUUUCCGCCCACAGCAUCCUCCCCACCUACCAGGAGCUGGUGGAGGACCGGUUCCGGAAGCCCCACGCCUUUGCGGUCCCGGGCCAGUCCUACCAGGCCCAGGCCCGGCACCACGAGGCCCAUUUCGGCCGGGUGACACCAGUGUCUCCUGUGAGCGCCGGGGGUGGGGGGGGCAACAGCGGCGGCAGUAGCAGCAACAAGCAGGAAGGCUUCGCGGUCCCUGCCCCGCUGGAUAACAAAGGGACGCCUUCCGCCAGCGGCAGCGCCACCGGCAGCAGUUUCCGAUGCCGGAGCGUCAGUCCCGCCAUUCACCGCCAGCGCAACCUGAGCGGAAGCACCGGCUGCCCGGUGACCAACCUGCUGCGGUCCAGCAUGGCGGCGGCGGCGGCGGCAACAGCAACGGCGUCGUUUGGCAGCCCCAGCGCCCAGGAGGUCCACGGCACGUUUGGGAGCCUCCACGGGGACCCGGCGGGGGCCGGCAACCUCGCCCAGCGGAGCCAGUCGGUGCCGCUGACGGUUAUGAUGCAGACGGCCGUCGCCCCGCCUCCGAAGCAAGCCAACGCCAAGAAAAUCACCAACGUCUUGCUGAGCAAGCUGGACUCGGAGAACGACGACGCCGUCCGGGGCCUGGGCAUCAACAACCUGCCCUCCAACUACACGGCCAGGAUGAACCUGACGCAGAUCCUGGAGGCCUCGGUGCCCGCCUUCCCCAGUGCCAACGCCCCGGACGUGCUCAACGCCAGCCCUUCAGUUUUCGAAUUCCAAACGCCGAGUUACCUCACCAAAAGCAGCAACACGGAUCCGAUGGCCUUUGCUUCCGGAGACCCCCAAGCACCGCCCUCCGAGGCCGGGGAGCAGCCGCCGCCGCCGCAGCUGGACUUCAGCGCCACUGUGAAGGACCUGCUGGAGGAGGAGAGCAGCCUGGAGCCCAGCCAGCAGCUGGUGAACCAGGUGGCUUCCGACCUCAGCCAGGUGGCCUCCUCCGUGUUCUCCAGCGACCUCAGGUUGACCUCGGAGCUCUCCAGCAGCAUCAAUGACCUGAACGCUCUGGACACGAACCUGCUGUUUGACCCGGCUCACCAGCAGGGCCAGGAUGACGAGGCGACCCUGGAAGACUUAAAGAACGACCCCUUGUUCCAGCAGAUCUGCAACGAAUCUAUGAACUCCAUGAGCUCGGCGGGUUUUGACUGGAUGGAGAGCAAGGAUCAUCCCGCGGUGGAGAUGUUGGGUUGAUUUUUGAAACGCGAAAGAAAAGAAAAUCUAUAAAAUAUGUAUGUAGCACACUGUAUCUCAAAGACAGGCGUAUUGUAUUUGUCUUAAUGGAAGUGCCUCUUGCAGCAGAAACACUUAACUAUGGUGGCAUUUUUUU